CCUCUCUCUCUCCCUCUCCAAUUCCGGCGAAAGUCCGGCUACUCACGGUCGAACAGGGUUUUCCGGCCGUUUUUCACGGUGACUUGAAGACUGUUCACGAAAACAAACCCGGAUAACCACCUCUGCUGCUGUCGCGCCGCCGUGGCUCCGGCGGCCAACCCCGUCGUCGACCAUCACCAUCUCCAAACCACCGGUAAGAAAUUCUUCCUCAUCAAUCCUUCUUCUCACAUACUCUGCAGCUCCCACCACCACUUGCACUCCGUCCACAUGUUGGGUUUAGUAAAAUGGUUUAGUAAAAUGGCGGGGAAAGCAAUGGGGCAACCAACCAAGAUCCAAUCAUCAUCAUCAUCAUCAACCACCAAACCGACACAGUAAAAUCCAAACCCACCCUCGCGCCAUUUGUCGGUGCACAUUUCUAUUUCAGCAUCUUUCUUCCCUGCAACUCACUCACACAACCACCGAACACCUUCAAAAUCUCUCUCUCAUUCACCACAUUAUCUUCAACCCUCUCCAGAUCUUCAGAUCCAUACAUCUUCAUCCACCAAUUCACUUCAGAUCUGAGAGAAUUUAGGGCAAAAUGGGCGAGGAGAAGAAAUCUGGAGGAUGUAUGGGCUGGUUUAUCGUCUUAAUUGUAGUAGGAGCAAUCGCCUUAGCCUUAGGGUUUACAUUGAGGAACAAGUUUCAUCAAGAUGACGACGGUGAUUCUCCGGUUCCCGGGCCUCCGGGACCCGUUGCGCAGAAGUAUGGUGAUGCUUUGAAGAUUGCUCUGCAGUUUUUUUGACAUCCAAAAAUGGUAUAUAAGUAGGGUAACAAAUGUUGGAGCAGUUAUUAAUUUUUACUCGAGGGGGGUUAAUCCUCUGGACAUGCCAAGAGCUCGGAAACGCUCUGAGGGGAUCACCAAUCGACACCUUGAUCCGGUCUUGCCUUUUGGAGGAACGAUCCGGUGCAGCAUCAUACACCUAUGACGUACCUGGCGCAUCAUACACUCUCAAAUGGACAUUCCACAACGAGCUGGGCCUAGUAUUUGUUGCAGUGUAUCAAAAGAUCCUCCAUCUUUUAUACGUGGACGAGCUGCUUGGUAUGGUGAAGCGGGGGUUUUCGGAAAUCUAUGAUCCUAAACGGACGGUGUACAAUGAUUUCGAUGAGACGUUUAGGCAGCUCAGAAAGGAGGCCGAGGCUCGGGCCGAGGAGAUGAAGAAGUCAAAGCAUGUGAUGGCGAAACCGGUUAGUAGUCGUGUUCAGUUGCAAAAAUCCGGGUUUGAUGGCGGUAAUAAAAAAAAGAGCGGUGUCGGAGAAUCACGAAAAGAUGGUGCGGAUGAUGAUAAUGUAAAAAAGGCUAUUUUGGAAAACGUGCAUUCGAACGGGGAAGUAGCUAGUAGGGGUAGGGUUAGCGGAAAAGAAAACGGUUAUACCAACGCGAAUAAUGGGGCUUUUGAUGUAAAUAAGCUACACAAGCUCCGAUCGAAAGGUGGGAAGAAAGUGAAUCCUGUUGUUGUUAACAAGGUUUCGAAAGAGGAACCGAAGAAAAAACCGGCGAAAAAGAACAGAGUUUGGGAUGACUCACCCUCGAAAACCAAAUUGGAUUUCACCGAUCCGGUGAGUGAGAACGGUGAUGAUCAAAUGGCUGUUGCACAAGUUGUAGAAGGAGAGAGUAUGAUGGACAAAGAUGAGAUUGUUAGUAGUGAUAGUGAAACCGAAGAGGAUGAUGAAGCGGAGACGGAUAAGACAGUAGAUUCAAAGAAGAAAGGGUGGUUUACGUCGAUGUUCCAGAGCAUUGCUGGGAAGGCAAAUUUGGAGAAGGCGGAUCUAGAACCAGCUUUGAAGGCUCUAAAAGACCGACUUAUGACUAAGAAUGUGGCUGAAGAAAUUGCUGAGAAACUGUGCGAGUCUAUAGCAGUCAGCCUCGAGGGCAAAAAGCUUGCUUCGUUUACUAGGAUAUCAUCAACGGUGCAGGCUGCAAUGGAAGAUGCUCUUGUUCGUAUAUUAACUCCGAGGCGCUCGAUUGACAUUAUGAGGGAUGUUCAUGUUGCCAAGGAACAACAUAAACCGUACGUUGUGGUUUUUGUCGGAGUUAAUGGAGUAGGAAAGUCUACUAAUCUUGCUAAGGUGGCAUACUGGCUUCAGCAGCAUGAUGUUAAUGUCAUGAUGGCUGCAUGUGACACAUUCCGUUCAGGAGCAGUUGAGCAGCUGCGUACUCAUGCUCGUAGGCUCCAGAUCCCUAUAUUUGAAAAGGGUUACGAGAAAGAUCCUGCACUCGUUGCUAAGGAGGCAAUUCAGGAGGCUACCCGCAACGGGUCAGACGUUGUUCUUGUUGACACAGCUGGUCGGAUGCAGGACAAUGAACCGUUGAUGCGUGCACUAUCUAAGCUUAUAUACGUCAACAGUCCGGACCUCGUACUUUUUGUCGGUGAGGCGUUGGUCGGUAAUGAUGCUGUUGAUCAACUAUCAAAGUUCAAUCAGAAACUAGCUGACCUUUCACCCUCACCGAGCCCGAGGUUGAUUGAUGGAAUUUUGCUAACCAAGUUUGAUACCAUCGAUGAUAAGGUUGGAGCUGCACUUUCAAUGGUUUACAUAUCAGGAGCACCGGUGAUGUUUAUCGGGUGUGGACAGUCAUAUACCGACCUGAAGAAGCUGAACGUGAAGUCCAUUGUGAAGACGCUGCUUAAAUGAUUGUGCACAUUCUGAGCCACUCGGUUAGUCAGUUGUGUUGUGAUUUGUUUUCUGGAUCUGUAUCUGUCUGUCGGGUUUCACAUCUGCUUGGUUUAGCAGAGUUUCUGUGUGGUAAACAUCUUUGAGACUUAUGCUUCUUGUACCGUGUUUAAACGUCUUGUGUUUUAGUCGGUAAUCAACUUCCCGUUGGUAAUAUCUACUUUUAUUCUUUAA